AUGAGAGUAUCGAAGCGUUUUAACAGUGAAUUUGCGGACUCCAUAUGGCGCGUUCGUCUCAAAAUGGCGCUUACCAUUAAGAUUAUCCCCAAACCUCCAGGACCUACAAGAAUCACAGGGAGCUGGCAAAAUGCGGCUGACUUUCCGAGGCAGGAGCACACUAAGGAUCAUCCUCGGAUGGCCAGUUCGAUCGUUAAGGCCAUCUCCUAUAUGACGCAGCUCCGCUACUUAGACUUAGAUGCCGAAGAGUUAGGAACACGCCAAAAGAACAAGAUGAUAGAAUUCCUCCAAAAUUCACCCAGAAAAUGGUCAUCAGUCAAGGGAUUACGCUUUAUAGGGCCAGGCGUCAUUAGCAAACUAAUUGUCCGCGACAUGCUCAUCGAACCUGACGCAUUCCAUUUCGAUGCCGGCCCGUCUUAUAGCAUUUUUGAGUCCGCGGCAAAGCAGUGCCCAAAAAGACUUCACUUGACAUUAGACUGGGGUGAUCCUCAGGCAGACACCACUCAACUCGUAUCGGAAAGGUUCUCUCAGCUGGAGUGGUUGACUAUUUCGUCGUCCAACCUCUUCUACGAGGCUAAUGCUGUACAACAAGGUCCACAACAAGGGUUCCCACCAAAUUUCGAUGGCGAUAUCGAUUAUUUCAUUGAAGUCCUGGCCGGUCUACUACAUCUCCAGCGUUUAUGCAUCAUCCAUAAGACAACUAUUCAAGAUGACUUCAUAGGAAAAGAGGAGGCUACGAAGAAAUAUUGCCAGGAAAUAGUCCAGCGCCUUGGUUUGGCUUUUCCGACGCUCCGUCGCGUAGCUGUUACUCACUACUGGCCUUUCUACUACGUGGGGAUUAGAGAUGAAGUUGGGGGUAUAUUUAAAGUGAACAAGGCGAAUGCGAAGGACUUGCGACGUUGCGAAUGGCCCGUUGGCGUGAGAGAUGAUUAACAAGACAUGGUAGAAGGUAGUUCCGGGCUACUUUUCAAAUCGUCUGAAAUAUCCUGAGUAUUAACUUAUA